CUGAACCGGUAGUCAUUGAGCAGCGACCGCGCCUGUAAACACUGUGAUUAACGGGGGAGCUGCAGGACCACGAUCAGCAUUAAAAGAAAGGUGAUGUUUUAAUUGUAUUUCCUCAUAAAGUCACGGAAGAGAUGCUUACAUCGCUUCCUCUUUGUAGCGAAAGUGCUGAUGCAGUGAUGACCAGGAUGUUUGUGUGUGAUGGUGGAACCACUCUCACGUCUGCGUAAAAUAAUCUGCUUUAAUUAAAGAGCGAUAGUUAGUAGAGAUAACGUGAUGGGGUCUGGACCGUGCUCAGGUUCGCUUAACAUCCGUAAACAAGCCGAAAACCAUCACGAGUUGACACGUGGGUGGAUGUGUAAUACCGUUUAAAAUGUGCAGUUUAAAUAUUUGAUGCUGAAGCAGCUCAGUUUUUCGCUGCAUAUUCCACUAUUUGACAUGUUAAAGAGGCCGCAGAUACGUUGCGGGGCUCCCUUCCCUCCGUGGGCCGUCCCGCAGGAAGGACCAGCUGCUCGGCAUCACUUUUAUUUAACUACUCACAGAGUAUUCUCUUCAAGGUACAUUUAUUAAUUGUGUAGAAGAGGACACAUGGGUGCAGGACAUGAGUCAUGGGCGGGUAAUAACAACUAUGACUUGCAUAAGGCCAUAUCUCCUCCAUCAAAACUCACAGACUUUAUCGUUGUUUGCCCUCUUUUAGUUGUUGUUGUUUAGUGUCUUUUUUUUUUGGUCAAUUUGUCAUUUAGUGUCUUUUUUGUUGUCAUUGUGUGUCUUAUUUGGUUGUUUUUGUUGUCAUUUUGUCUUUUUUUAGCAUUUGGAGUCUUUCUGUAGACAUUUUGCCAAUUUUUGUUGUAUUGCAUCUCUUUGUAGUCAUUUUGUGUCUUUUUUUAGUUGUUUCAUGUCUCUUUGGGGGCAUUUUGUGUCUUUGUAGUCUUUUUGUGCAUCUUCCUGGUUGGUACGUGUCUCUUUGUUGUGAUUUUGAGUGACAUUUGGCAGGUGAAUGUUAGGGGGCCCCUGACUCUUUGGACCCCUUGGCAUGCAGGAGAUAUAAACAGUUCAUGGCUUGGUGGAUCAGAUCAGAUUGCUGAGAUAUGUGAGGACUCCUGUUGGGGGUGGUCACCACUGCACAGUCCAUGUAUUUUUCUGUGCUUUUGUUCUAACCAUGGAUAUGGAAAUGUUUGGCAUUUAUUGAGGAAAUAUUGCUGUCUUGCCAAGAGUUAUCUAUGCUGCAAAUGUAAAGCAGCCUGCAGCUGCAACAGUGCUGCGUUGCUGUUUGCAAGCACGUGUUACAAAUGAUUGGACUGGUGGUUACUCUGACGAUAAGCGCUGAAACCUGUGCAAAUACCUACGUCUGUAUUCCGAGGGCCAAGCAUGUGCUCUAGUGUUCUGCACUUCAGGGUUUAAUUUAAAGGUAAGAAGUUGUCAUUGUUGUCUUUUUGCAUCACAAGUUUUGCAGUUGUGAAAAUUGAACCAAAGCCUCUGUAAAAUAUUGUAUUGACAUAUGCGUGUAAUGUUGAGGUGUCGACAUACAUUUGGCCACAGAGUGCAUGUCUGAGUACAGGAACAUUAGCUCAGAGUUGUAUCAUCAGGAACAUAAUCUAGGAACACGUUGCUCCGCUCAGUCCGUUGGUACAUCUGGAAAUGAGAUUGAGAGGCUUUGAGGGGAAAUUCUACUGCAGCAUUUGCACAAAGGUUCAUUCAUUCUCGAGGGUUUCCACAAGUGCAUGUUAGCCUCAUGGUUGCCAGAUUGAGAUUCCCUUUGCAUCCGCACAGGCAUAUUUAACCCAGCACACUUCCCCUUUGUUUACUCACACUCUGACCUGCAGACAUUCAGGCUGGGUUGCACCAACAAGAAUUAGUUUAAUUUAAGAUUAGUUGGAAUCAAAGUUCAUGAAUAGGGAACACGAACAUCCUCUCGCUGCUUCAGUUGCUCUCGUAGAAGAAAAUGUUAUCUUUAAAUUGUAUGAACUCUAUUCUUUUAUAUUGCCUGUGUCUUCCUUCCAGUUCUAUCUGUGACAGUAAAGUCUGUGCAGACAGAAUCUAUUUUACAAAAAUGAACAAACCUCUGUGAGUGAAACCAGCCCUGUAAGCGGUCAUACAUUCAUGUAUCAGUCACCUAUUGCUUUGUAAAACAGACCUGUAUUGAGCCCAUGCAAAUCCACUACUACAGACUUGUAAGUUGAGUUCUGUUACGUGUUAUGUCCUUUCUCCUCUCCUGCCUUUCUUUCUCUCUCCUGCCAUUGUUUCCUCUUCAAGUGCCAAUCAGGUGAUUGGGUUCCACAGAUUCAAGCGGGCCAAUCAGUGUUGUGGCAAAAUGAAGAGAAGAGACGGCGAAUUGAAGUUGCAACCCAGCGGGAAGUGUUUUAAUGCAUACACGCCAACAUCAACAAGUUCAGCAUAUCGAAACAAAUCCGGUGUAUUACUUUUCACAGAUUACUUUUAUAGUCAAACUUUACCCCUCUUACAUCACUUUCCACCAAUCAAACAAGUGGGUUGAACCACAAACAGAGCACAUCUGAUUUCUUCACGAUGAUGCUCUCCUGACUUCGUUUGAGUCAAGAUAACCUUUUGGCAGAACACAGGAUUCGUUUACGGGAAAUGUUUGCCAAGUGAUUUAAGUCAAUUAUAUGUGCUUGAUUAAAUACCACUAUAGAACAUUUGAGCUAGUAAGAUAAUACAAAUAACAUCACUCAAUACUAAGGUUCACUUUCACAUAAGGGCGAAAAAACCUGCAGGUUGCAUUACAGGAAAAACUCCCUUACGGUCCUUCUCCGCCGAGCGACCACCUUCUGGCAUGAAGUGAACCUCUUCUUGAUUACAAACGUAUAUUAACUGAUACAUCACACAUUUUAGUUUCUGCAAAACAUUGAACAAUACAUCGGUAUUCAUUAGAUGCAACAUCUUAGAUCAAACUAUGUAUUUACACUAUAAUACUAGUACAUAGACUAUAUGAAUCAUGACUUUUAAUAUAUGUGAAUGCAGAAAUAUCUGAUGAUAAUACAUUCUAUUUAUAGUGAAACAGUUUGGAAAGAUAAUAGAACAUGUGAGGUGGUGUUUUUUGGACGUGUAUGUACUUUCAACAAAGUUCAGGCUCUCGUCUUUAUGCUGAGGUGCCUCCUAGUCCUGUUUCCUCCAUGUCAUCUGAGUCCUCCAGAUAGUCCGGAAUGGGAAACAGGUCCGGUCGUCCAACCACUAUUUGAGUGAACUGGGCCUUUGUCCCUCGCUCAAUCGUCAUCAUGUUCAUCAUCUGCCAGUUGGAGAUUUGUCAUGACACCCAUCUGUUUGUCUAUGCUCCUCUGGCACUGCCUCCUCAGGAUGGGUGUCCCUGAAGGUUGCAGCAGCUACAGUGACAUGGGCAGCAGAGGUAAACAUACACCCUGCAGAGCCAACGCAGCUGCCUCCUCUGAACUGCAGAGCAGAAAAUGACUCAGGCCGAUGGAAUCAGAGGGACGAGCGAUGGCUGCCGCCGACCGGAGGCCUUCGGGGACCUCGAGCGCGCCGACAGUAUGGAGAAAGUUCAAGAGGCCAACGACUGUGAAUCCGAGGAGGGGAUUAUGCAGCGAGGUGAAUGCGGAGACCCGGCGGCCGCAACGGGCGCAGUCACGGCUCCAGAUGGCGGUUGGGGCUGGGUGGUGCUGGCUGCCACCAUCAUAGUCCUGGCUCUGACCCUGGCGUUCCCCUCCUGCGUGGGAAUCUUCUACACCGACCUGCAGAAUGAGUUCCACGCCUCCAACAGCGAGACCUCCUGGGUGCCCUCCAUCAUGACGUCAGUGCUCCACGCAGGAGGUCCCUUUUGUAGCGUGCUGGUGGAGCGACUCGGUUGCCGGGCGACAAUCAUGUUGGGCGGCGUCCUGAGUGGGCUGGGAAUGGCUGCCAGUUCGUUUACCCAGUCCGUUGAGCAGCUCUACAUCACCGCCGGGGUUAUCACAGGACUCGGUUUCUGCUUCAGCUUCCAGCCUGCGGUGACGAUCCUCGGCCACUACUUUGUGCGUCGCCGCGCGUUCGCCAACGCCUUGUCCUCCACGGGCACGGCGCUGGGGCUGUGCACUCUGCCCAUCCUGGGUAACUACCUCCACACGGAGCUGGGCUGGAGGGGGAGCUUCCUCGUUCUCGGCGCCGUGCUGCUGAACUGCUGCGUGUGCGGCGCGUUGAUGAGGCCCCUGCGGGCCCCCGAGCGCCGGGGCCAGCCGCUGAUGAACCACGGACCGCCUCCGCCUGAGGAGGAGAGCGAGAGGAAGGAGAGAGGGAUGAUGAGACGGAUGUGGAGCUACCUGGUGGCUUCUCUGAGCAAACACAUGGCCUUUGACCAGCUGUGCCACAACCCCCGUUACUGUGUGUACGCCGUGGGCAUCACCUGGAUGAUGCUCGGCUUCGUGGUGCCCUUAAUCUACCUGGUUCCCUAUGCCACGGCCAACAACAUGGAGCAGAGCCGCGCCGCGCUGCUGCUCUCCAUCCUGGGUUUGGUGAACAUCGUGGUGCGGCCGCCCUUUGGCGUCCUCUUCAGCAUGCCCUGGUUCAAAGGGCGACACAUCUACGUCUUUGCCUGGGCGCUGCUGGUCAACGGGCUCAGUAACAGCAUCUGCUGCAUCGGGCCCGACUUCCAUCUCCUGCUGGCGUACGUGACCGUCUACGGGCUCUCCAUGAGCGUGGUGGGCUCCCUGAUGUACACCGUCCUCAUGGACGUGGUGGAGAUGAGCCGCUUCCCCUCGGCGCUGGGCCUGCUCGCCAUCAUGGAGAGUGUCACGCUGCUCAUCGGGCCUCCACUGGCAGGAGUCCUGAUCGACAGGACGGGUCACUACUUCCACGUCUUCUUCGUCUGCAGUGCCAUCGUUGCCUCCGCCGCCGUGUUCCUCAUAGUGGCGUUCUACUGGCUGGACUCGAAGGACAGGAAGUUGUCAAAGCAGGGCCAACCGUCCACGCUGCCCGGCCCGGCGAGGCCCUCCGUGGACUUGGCUCCCGGCUGUCAGUACAGCAGCGUCCCCACAGAGGGAGACAAAGACAAGGCCUCGUCCAACGGGGCGGAGAACAUCAGCACCAUCUGAACGUCUCUCUCACGCAUCACUCUGACUCUGACAGCUUUUGCAGAUUAUAUCUCCUAAUGUUUGGGUCUCGGUGCACCAGAUGUUGCAAACUUUACUUUUUUUCUGCCAUCUGGUGCAAGUCGAAACAAACGCGGUGAACACAUUUGUGCUGUCUGACCAAAGUCAGAUCCAAAAUGAACAGAUGUGCACUUACAGCUACAACAAGAUUGUACUAUUUAUUGCAAAAAAAUGCUGCUGAUCUUAUCUCUGUGAUCACACAAUCUGUAUCGUCAAGCCAAGUUACACACAUGCUCCUUUUGUCGAAGAGCUUAUAGUAGGCCACGUGGUUGUGAGGAAAUAACAAGCAUAGAAAUGGGUGAAAUCAUUUGAUUAAGAGUUAAAGUAUACGUCUCUCUACUGACCAGCAGGGGGCGAAACAUAUAUAAUAUCUCCAGACUUAUCCUUUAAUAUCAAUAACUAAAGAAGUUUUACAGUAGGCCUUUUCACAUUACACCCAUGUUGAUGAGUAUUGGUUGCUUUAGAUCAUUGAAUCUGUUUGUUUUCACUGUACAAAAUGAAUGUACAUACUUUAUAACUACUACUUUUUUUUUUUUAAAUGUUUCUCACGCUUGUCAUUCCUUAAUGGAACAGUGCCUUUUUGUAGAGCUGGUGCAUUCACUACCACAGGAUGAAAUGAAAAGUCUUUUCAGGAGGAUAGAAGCAGAUGAUUUCAUGUUGCCAGCAGCACGGAGUAUUUCAGAGGAGACGACACUGUACCUGAGUUUACCUUCAGUCCCAAUUAGAGGUUUAAUGUGACGGACUUAUCUUUCGAUUAUUGAACAGAGCGAUUGUUUUCUGUCGGAUGUGACGGAAAAAUAAAUCCACAGUUUUCAGUUAUGAACUGUAAAGUGUCUGCAAUGAGAGGAUUUAUUAGUCCUUUUCAGGGUCGUGUCUUGCUUUGGGCCAAACUAUAGCUUUUUUUUAAAUACAAUCUUUAUUUAUACAUUAUGAUCGGGGGAUG